CUCCCCCUUGGAGCUUCGGGGAGGAGGGGAGGGUUUAUUGGGCGGUGGCGCGGGCGGCCAGGGCGCCGCGCGCGUGAGGGGAGGCGGGCGCCGGCCCCAGCCUAAGGGAGCAGGAGCGUGUCUGCCGUCGUCGUGCCCGCCCCGCCGCUGCUCCAGCUCACCCUGUGUGCACACGCACCGGCAGCAGCCAGGCGCCCCCUGGGGCCGUGUCCCGCACCGGGGCCCUGAGUGCGGCUGUGCCGCUGCCCCCAUGAGCACACUGGGCUGUCCCCCACCCGCAGCGCUGAGCCAUCACCGAGGUCCGGAGCUGCGGGCCGGCUGCCAUGCACUGGGCCCGGCUGCCGCAGCCCUCCUCUGGCUGCAGCUUGUGCUCCUCGGGGGCAUCGGGGCGCGGCGGGAGCCCAAGAGGCCACGGCAGCCCGGCCAGCGCACCGAGCACCCCACCGCCACCGCGUCCAACAGCGAGAGGCUGCCAGGCUCCCCCAAGCCGCCUGAGGCCUUGGGGCCUGAGUACUCAGAUGCCCACAUGACAUGGCUGAACUUUGUCCGGCGGCCAGAUGAUGGGGCCUCGAAGAGACGGUGCCGGGGCCGGGACAAGAAGUCGCGAGGCCUCUCUGGCCCCCCAGGGCCUCCUGGGCCCCCCGGCCCCCCCGGCCCCCCCGGUGCAGCAGUCAACCAGGAGGCCCUGUUGCGAGAGUUUCAGGAGAUGCUGAAAGAGGCCACCGAGCGCCGGUUCUUGGGGCUGCUGAGCCCCUUGCUGCCUGAAGGGACAGGCAGGUGGCUGGUGGCUGAGGCCUUCCACUGUGGACUGAAGGGCCCUACAGUGGUGGACGAGAGGACACUGCUGGAGCUGCGUGGCUUCCAGGCUCCCACUGCCCAGGGCGCCUUCCUGCGGGGGUCCGGCUUGAGCCUGGCCUCGGGCCGGUUCACAGCCCCAGUGACCGCCAUCUUCCAGUUUUCUGCCAGCCUGCACGUGGACCACAGGGAGCCGCAGGGCAGGGCACGGCUGCGGGCUCGGGACACAGUGCGGGCGCUCGUCUGCAUUGAGUCCCUGUGUCAUCGACACAUGUCCCUGGAGGCCAUCUCGGGCCUGGAGAGCCGAGGCAGGGUCUUCACCAUGCAAGUCCAGGGUCUGCUGCACUUGCAGGCCGGACAGUAUGCCUCCAUCUUUGUGGACAAUGGCUCUGGGACGGCCCUCACGAUCCAGAGUGGCUCCAGCUUCUCCGGCCUGCUCCUGGGCACGUGAGGGCCAGACAGGGCCCCCCACCCGCCCCCCACUGUCCUCUGUAAAACCUGUGGUGACAGCAAUAAAGAGCUCUCAGCCCUC